AUGGGCGUUGAGAAAGAGCUAGAGCUCCCGGAGCAUGGACUCAAGAGGACGCUGAAGGAUCUGUUUGCGGGUGCUGUGGGGGGUGUUGCGCAGGUGCUCCUAGGUCAACCGUUUGAUAUUGUCAAGGUCAGGUUACAGACUACGCAACAUUACUCAAGUGCUCUGGAUGCGGCGAGCAAGAUCUACAAGAACGAGGGGGCUCUAGCUUUCUACAAGGGCACUCUAACUCCGCUAGUGGGGAUCGGUGCUUGCGUCUCUGUUCAAUUCGGCGCAUUCCAUUGGGCUCGUCGAGCUUUCGAAACACAGAACACGCUGAAGAAGAAUACCCACGAGCUCUCUUACGGGCAGUACUACGCAUCCGGGGCCUUUGCCGGAAUAGCGAAUACCGCCCUCUCCAGUCCCAUCGAACAUAUUCGUAUCCGGUUACAAACUCAACCUCAUGGCGCAAACCGUCUCUACACCGGCCCGAUUGACUGCAUGCGGAAGCUUUCCGCACACGAGGGAGUCUUAGCCGGCCUCUACCGCGGUACAGCCGUCACCUUUCUCCGUGAGGCACAAGCUUACGGCGUCUGGUUUACCACCUUUGAGUACCUCAUGAACGCGGAUGCUAAACGGAACGGCAUCAAGCGCGACGAUGUCAGCACCCUCAAAGUCGCCUUCUACGGCGGUCUUGCCGGCGAAGCACUCUGGAUUGCUAGUUAUCCCUUUGAUGUGGUGAAGAGCAAGAUGCAGAGCGAUGGCUUCCACGAGAACCAAAAAUACAAGACUAUGAGGGACUGCUUCGCGAAGACGUGGAGGGCCGAGGGUAUGGGAGGUUUUUGGAAAGGUAUUGGACCGACGCUACUCAGGGCUAUGCCUGUCAGUGCGGGUACUUUCGCUACCGUCGAACUCACGAUGAGAUUGAUCAAUUAA